GUUUUUGGCUCUCUGGUUUUAAAACAGAAAAGGCAGUUGCAGACCGUGACACAGAAAUCUGCCUUUGGUCGCUGCACGACAUCUUUUCUCUCUGACCUGUAUGAAACACGUGCCUGCUAUCUUCCUGCAGAUGUGGCCAGGCUUGCUAACAUUAUGUCCACCUGCCUGAUUACCAUGUUACUCCAGGCGGCAGUGGUCAGUGGGGAUGACAGGGAUGUGCUUGGGGUUGUCAGGACUCCGGGCUACUUUUGAGACUCAACCUUUUCUUGCUAGCUUGGAUUAAAAUUACACUGUGAUGUGAUGAGGUUCAGCACCUCGUAGUGUAUUAGAGGUUGGGUUUGGAAUGAGUGUGAUCAAUUUUUAUCAAGCAAGCCAGUCCAUCUGCAGGUCUGUAGCGAGCAGUCGUGCCUGGUAGAGUCUGUGGUAGACGUCCGUCUCUCUACUGUGGCAUGCUUUUCUCCCUGUAUUUCUUUCUUCUUGGAGAACAAACAUAGAAGGUUCAUCUUCACUGUGACCCUCAAGAACAGUCAGCCUUUUAGAUGUUUAUGUUGUUCCCACAAGUAAGUGCAGUAACGCACCUGCUGCAUGAGAUGAGAGAUUGUGUUUUAUUUCAGCAUGUCCAGUUGAGUUAAAUCAAAUAAAAUAUUGCCAGUGGACUCGGGAAGAGCCAGAAGAUCAGCUCUUUUUCAUGACAGUUGCAGCAGAGAACCACACAGGGAUGCUGGAGGUGAUGAUCAUUGCUGUCGUCACUAAUCGCAGAAUGAAGGAUCCACAUUCCACGACUGUUGUAGGGACAGUGCACUCGCUGAAGAAUAUGCUUGAAGAUUGAUGUUUUCAGUUCAUGUGCUGGCAGGGAGGAGCAUGGGGAACUUGCAGGAGGCGUCCCAGGACUACCAUGGAGCUGUGAUCGACUUUGCGUUGAAUUUGUGCAAAAAGUUCAGAUUGUAUUCAACCCUGUUGUAGUAAGAAGAAAACACACAACACCACACACAUGGCGAAGAGAUCAGGAUCGACAUGUAGCUGAGGUUAGACUGAGUGGGAGAAGUUGGAAUGAAGUCAGACGCAGCAGGAGGAGGAGAGGAAACUUGUGAAAGUGUCCUUCAUCAAUGAUCCUGUCUCCAGGAGGUGAAGUUCAAGUUCAAGUUGUCAGUGAAUCGUUUCCCUCAGCAGAGGGAGCUGCGUCACCACUGCGCUCCGCUGCUGUGGCCUGGCGGGUUGGAAGGGGGGGGUCACCUAAAUGUGGCUGUGCUGUGUCUUCCCUGCAGGAGUGGGAGGCGGAGAGUCACGACUGGUACUGUUUCGAGUGCCACCUGCCCGGCGACGUACUCUCGUGCGACAACUGCUUCCGGGUCUUCCACCUCAAGUGUCUCUCCGACGAGUGCAAACCGCGAGACGCCGGCUCGCUCUGGCAGUGCGUCGUCUGCAGGGGCAGCAAAAAGAAGAACCUGAACAAACAGGAGAUGUGUAAAUACCUGCGCUUCAUCGUGCAGCGCAUGAAGGAGAGGGCUGUGGACCUGAACAAAAAAGGCAAAGACACUAAACACCCCAUGUACAAGCGACUGAUCCACACUGCUCUGGACGUGUCCCACAUCCAAGAGAAUCUGUCGGAAGGAAAGUACAAGAACUUUGAGGAGUUCAAAGCAGACGCCCAGCUGAUUGUUCACAACACAGCCAUUUUGUAUGGAGUGCACAGCGACCAGGCAGAGAUUGCACGACUGCUCUUCAGUGACACGUGUCACGAGCUCAACGAGCUGCUGCUGUGCAAAAACUGCUUCUACUUGUCCAACGCUCGGCCGGACAACUGGUUCUGUUACCCUUGUACCCCGAGUCAUGACCUGGUCUGGGCCAAGAUGAAAGGGUUUGGCUACUGGCCCGCCAAAGUCCUCCAGAGAGAUGAGAACCAGGUGGACGUCCGAUUCUUUGGCCACCAGCAUCAGAGAGCCUGGAUCCCCUCGGACAACAUCCAGGACAUCAAGGUGAGCGUCCAGCAGCUGCAGGUGAAGCGCAGCAACGGUUGGAAGAAGGCCUGCGAGGAGCUGGAAGUCUACCAGAGGUUUCUGAGGGAGGGACGUGUGUGGAAAACCAAACUGGAGGAGGGCAGCCAGCAACAACAGAAACCGCCAUCAAGCAAACCAGAGCCAGAGGAAGAAGAGGAGGAGGAGGAGGAGGAGGAGGAAGGGCAGGAGAGCAGCGGGAGGAAGGAGCGGCUGGAGCGCACCGAGGAGGCCGAGUCCAGCAUCUCGUCGACCAGCAAUGAGCAGGUCCGACAUCUCAAAGGUGCCCACGAGCCCAAAGCCAAGAAGAGUCGUCGAACUACACAAGUGGAGCUGAAAGAAGAGGCCAGCGACCCAGAGCCAGAGAUGGAGGCGGUCAGCUCCAGCCAGGAGAUCCCGGUGUCGUCUGCGCCCCCGCAGCCCGAGAAGCUGUCGGUGUCCACGCAGACGAAAAAGGCCAGUGGCUCGACGCCGCGCACACUGCACCGCGGCACGCAGACCAACACGGACGGCGCCUGUCAGAACAUGUGCCGCGAGAAGUACACAAAGGUCUUCAACGACGUCAAGGAGAUGAUGAAGGCCGACCACAAGAGGGAGACGGAGCGGGUGGUCCGCGAGGCGCUGGAGAAGCUACGGGCAGAGAUGGAGGAGGAGAAGCGGCAGGCAGUGAGCAAGGCGGUGACCGGUGCUCAGGCGGAGAUGGAGCGCAAGUGUAAGACAGUGAAGGAGAAGUGUAAAGAGGAGCUGGUGGAGGAGGUGAAGAAGCUGGUGACACAACACAAACAGCUGAUCUCCCAGACCAAGAAAAAGCAGUGGUGCUACAACUGCGAGGAGGAGGCCAUGUACCACUGCUGCUGGAACACCUCCUACUGCUCCAUCAAGUGCCAGCAGGAGCAUUGGCACGCCGAUCACAAACGAACCUGCCGCAGGAAGAGAUGAGCCGGCCCCGCCCCCUCGCCCUCUCCCCUCAGCACGCCAUUGGUUCACAGCCAUCUCUUAUCCUGUCAGUCAGUGUGUCCGACACACAUGCGCGAACACCCGCACGCACACACACACAGCUCCUGCGUUCGGCCUCCUGGACAUACUUCCUGUGUGAGAAACAGCAUCUGUUUUUAUUGUUAUUUAAUUUCCUCUUUUUCUGUGAUUUCUUUUCUGGCUCUGACGUUCGGACAUUUCACUGAGCAGUUUCUUCUUGACUGUGGAAGAUUGUUGUUAUUUAAGUUUGUUGUCGCAGGUGAGUGUUACCCUUGUAGACUCCCGUGUCUCACCGGAGCCGCAGGAAUCAAUGUGAACCAACGGCGACCGCGUCGCGACGUUGUUACGUGCUCUGGACCACACGCCGAUGCGCUCUUGUUGAUCGCACCUUCCUUUUGUUCAUGGCUUCGUACUGAAAUCUCUUCCUCCCUCGCUCACUUAUUCGGAACAGGGUCACUACGUCGGCCUUGAGGAACGCUGACUAAUCAUUUCUGUUUGUAUUUCUAAUCACUUGUUGCUGAGGUAGUGCACAUGGGAGUCAGUUUUUAACGAAUGGAUUUGGUCACGGAUGUUUUCUUAGGAAAUGUUCAUCACUAAACUUGGUCCGCACGACAACCUUUUAUUUAUUGACACGUUUGUUCAGCUGCAUGUCGACAGCGCCGUGGUGUGAGGAAGAGCAGUUCCUCGGAGCCAACGCUCGGCGAGACGCGUCAUAUCUCCGUCCUCCGCUCUCUUCUGCACGUACAUACAUGACAUAUUGCCAAACGUACUCUCAAGAUGGAUGCGGAGAAUCCCGCCGAGUGCUGCCUGAAUCCUUUAACAUGGCGUCCUCUCAUUUAUUUCUUCUUCUUUUUUUUUUUUUUUUUUUUUAAGAGGUCGGUGGUCUCGGCCUGUUUCUACGUUGACGUGCAUGUUUUUACUUUUUUAUAUCCAUAAUCUUCAUCCACGUCUGACGGCGGACUGACGGACCAAUACGAGAUAUUAUGCAAAUGUGAACGAUCAAAGUUUUUUUAACAGAUUUCCCUGCGCUGAAUGUCGAGUGUCUAUACGUAUAUAAUUAUGUGUGAAUAAAGUGAUGUA